AACAUUCAACAAGCAACAGCUAGGGGUGACAGACAUGGUACGAUUAUGUUCAUGUUAAAUCUUUAUUUCUGAAACAGCAAAACAACAACAAAAAAAAAAAAAAAAAAAAAAAAAAACAGAGGGACGCCGCUAACACAGCUCCAAGACACACUUUCCAGCGCUGUCAGGUUUAUGUGAUUUGUUUCAGCUCCGGUUUUGUGACUUUCUGACUGAGUUGAAGCUUAUGAAGUGACGAAGUUUUCUUUGCCUGCGCUGUGUCCUUUCCUAUGUCUAUGUGAGACUCAGCGUUGAUUUACUUGCUUGUAUUAUGGCAGAAGCUCCGCAGCAACAAGUCGUUGAGAUCGACCCGGAUUUCGAGCCGCUUUCCCGACCCAGGUCUUGCACCUGGCCCCUUCCCAGACCUGAAUUUAUUAACCCUGCCAACUCCAAUACUUCUUCUCCGGCUCCUUCUGUUAAACAAGAACCGGGCACCAAUGUCGAUUUUAUUAACAACCUCAGCUUGCUGGAAGAAAACGAAGACUUCCCCGAGCAGAAGCCGCUAGUCUUGUGCAAUGAUUUCCAGUGCCAGGAGAACUGCAUCCACCAACAGCAACAUCAGCACCCCAACCAGCAGCUCCCCCAUCAACAACAGGUAGUCCCUUGCUCUUCUGCCUUGUCGUCCCCCGCCGGCUCAUCCUCUUCGGUUGCAGCCCAGAGGAAGAGCAGUUCCUCUCGCAGGAAUGCCUGGGGAAAUCUGUCCUACGCGGACUUGAUCACCAAGGCCAUCGAAAGCUCUCCGGAGAAGAGGCUCACCUUAUCACAGGUCUAUGAUUGGAUGGUCAAGAGUGUACCUUACUUCAAGGACAAAGGGGACAGCAACAGCUCUGCUGGAUGGAAAGUGAGUACCAUUUCAGAGUAAUUGGAGAAGCACUUGCCGUAUGUUUUGGUCCAACCUCCUUAGAAACUUAAAGUUCUUGAUCCUACUACUAAUGAAAUCGGCUGGCGUUUGGAAGGGAUAGAGGUACUGUAUUUGACAUGUUUAAAUGGGAAAAUAAGUUACAGUAGGUUAUAAUACACGUAUGCUACUAAAAUAUUAUAUAACAAAUAUUUAGAGGAUACAAUGGAAAGAUACUAAACAUUUUCUUCAUGCAUAUGUGAACACUGCCAGAUUUCAGGUGUAUAUAUAUUACGGUAUACUCUCUCCCCAGAUAUGCUGACAUCUUUAUAUUUCGUUCUCUCUUCCAAAAUAGACUUUUAACAGAAUGUGAAAGCGAAUCGGAGUGGCUUUGAGGGUAGAGGCGCAUUUAAUAACUGGGAAUCAAAAUGAUUAAAUGCCUGUGUUGAAAACAUUUUGGCAAAUCGUGUGAGCGCUGGAAUCAAGAAAAGUUUAGACGCGAAGUAGACUGGCCUUUGCAUAACGCGCUACAGAAAAUGAUUUAUUUCUUUAUUGAAAUGCAUACCUGUCAAUAUUUAUUUAUUUUUUUAAAUAAGGGAGCUUUUGUAAACUGUAAUCAUGCAUACAACUAUUCCGCUUUAUUAUUUGGUAGAAUGAUAGACUGAUACGUUGCUCCUAAUUGCUUUUAAAAACGAAAAAUAUCAAACAG